AUGUUGUCUGCGGGGCAGCGAAAGAAGCCCUUCAGGUGCUGGGAAUGUGGGAAGAGCUUCAGUCAGAGCUUCAGCCUGCUCCGCCACCAGCAAAUCCACACUGGGGCACGUCCCUACAGAUGUGGAGAAUGUGGAAAGAGCUUCAGCCAGAGCUACCACCUCCGCAUCCACCAGCUCAUCCACAGCGGGGAACGGCCCUACAAGUGUGAGGAAUGUGGGAAGAGCUUCAGCCGGAGGUACCACCUCCGCACCCACCAGCGCAUCCACACUGGGGAACGGCCCUACAAGUGUGAGGAAUGUGGGAAGAGCUUCAGCCGGAGCUUUCACCUUCGUUCCCACCAGCACAUCCACAGUGGAGAAUGUCCUUACACGUGUAGGGAAUGUGGGAAGAGCUUCAGUGACAGCUCCACCCUCCGCAAACACCAUCGCAUCCACACUGGGGAACGGCCCUACAAGUGCCUGGAUUGUGGGAAGAGGUUUCCAACCAGGGGGAAUCUCUACACGCAUGAGCGGACGCACACGGAUGAGAGGCCCUUCCACUGCACCGACUGUGGGAAAUGGUUCAAGGAGAAAUCCCAUCUUGUCACCCACCGGCGCAUCCACACCGGGGAGAGGCCCUACAAGUGUGGGGAGUGUGGGAAGAGAUUCACCCAGAUCGGUGUCUUGACCAAACACCAACGGACCCACCAGGGGCAAAAACCCUUCAAGUGCUUGGAAUGUGGGAAGAGUUUCAGGAGGAGCUCCCACCUGAUACGACACCAGCAGAUCCACACAGGGGAACAGCCCUACACGUGUGGGGAGUGUGGGAAGAGCUUCAGGGACAGCUCUGAUCUCCUCACGCACCAGCGCAUACACACUGGGGAACGGCCCUACAAGUGCUUGGAAUGUGGAAAGGGGUUUCACACCAGCUCCAGUCUCCUCAGGCACCAGCAGACGCACACAGAUGAGAGGCCCUUCCGCUGCACCGACUGUGGGAAGGACUUCAUCCAGAACUCCGACCUCGUCACCCACCGGCGCAUUCACACAGGGGAACGGCCCUACAAGUGCUUGGAAUGUGGGAAGAGGUUUCACACCAGCUCACAUCUCCUUGUGCACCAGCGGACGCACACGGAUGAGAGGCCCUUCCGCUGCACCGACUGUGGGAAGGGCUUCAAGCACAACUCCGCCCUCGUCAGGCACUGGCGCAUCCACACUGGGGACAGGCCCUACAAGUGUGGGGAGUGUGGGAAGAGCUUCACCCAGAGCUGUAAGUUGACCAGACACCAACGGACCCACCAGUAAGGGAAGCCCUA